AUGGCUGGUCUUUGCACUCCACCACCGACCUCAUCGCUGCUCGCGGCCGUGAACGCAGCCGACUCGCUCUGCCCGCGGCUGCACUACCUCCUGAGCGGCACGUUCAACACCUUGUUCCUGUACCUCCUCGCCUUCUCGCCCUACGCGCCGGGCGGGCCCACCCUCGCCGUCCACCGCAAGUACCGCGCCGAGGGCCCGCACCAGUUCCUCGCCCUGAGCGAGGACCGCACGACGGCGUACGCGACGACCUGGGCACAACCGCCGACUUUGAGCAGCUGGCAGGUCCUCGGCGGCGGCAAGGACGGCGUGCGCAAGCUCAACACGGUCCCGAUCUCCGCCACCGGCUCCUACCUCGCCGUCUCGCCCGCAUCCCUCGGCUUCACCCCUCCUCGCAUCUACCAGGCCGGCGGGCCCGUCGCGCAGACGUUCGCGGCCGACCCGGCGACGGGCGCGUUCGGCGAACAGCUGCAGGAGGUCAUCUACUUGGACGGCGGCGAGGACGAGCUGCGCGACCCCAAGACGGACAAGACGAGGGUCGCGCUGCGGUACGGCAGCCACGCCGUCGACCUCGACCCGGUUCACCGACGGGCCUACGUCCCUCAUGUCGGCCGCGACUCGGUAUUCGUCUACUCGCUCAAGUCGGACGGCACGCUCGAGCACCUCGGCGAGGUGCCGUCGCACGGCGAGAAGGGCCACGAGGGACCGAGACACAGUGUCCCGAGCCCGGACGGCAACAAGCUCUACGUCGUGACCGAGCACACCUCGUACCUCGACGUGUACGACGUCCUCCCCUCGUCCCCCUUCCUCUCGCACUCGCAGCGCCUGUCCAUCAUCCCGCCCCACCAGCACCCGACCCGCGCGCAGUACCGCGGCGACACGUUGCGCCUCUCGGCCGACCGCCGCCGCAUCUACGUUACGACACGUGGCAAGACGUCGAGCGAGCGAGGGUGGGUCGCCGUGUUUGACCUCGCGCGUGACGGGAGUGUGCGCGAACGCGAGCGUGGAGCGGGAGCACGAGGCGAGGGAGCGGUCGAGCCGGGCUACGGCGCAAGGAGCAGGUUCGAGACGCGCAACAGCGGCGGCAAGGCCAACGCGAUCGAGGUGUUUCCCUUUGGCGGCGGCAGCGCGAGCGGCGAGGGCCACGACUGGGUCGUCCUGACGGACGACGAGCAAGGGUUCGUGUCGGUGCUCGAGUGGCGCGACGAGUGGGACGAGCUGCGCGAGGUGGCGAGCGUGCGGCUCGGCGUCGAUGCGCCGCGAGAGGGCGACGGCGCGGGCGAGGUCGACGAGGACGAGCGGGGCACGGGCGCGAGUCAUGCCGUGUGGCUGAGCUAGAUUGUGGGUCUUCAUAGACUGAGUGCGUAAUGGAGCUGUCGCAGCUGUC